CAUAUGACUGAUGAUCCUCCUAAGGAUGCAACUACUAAGAAAGUGUGGUUGAGGGAUGAUGCUCGACUAUUCCUCCAAAUCCGGAACUCAAUUGAUGGGGAUGUGCUUGGGUUAGUUGGCCAUUGUGAAACAGUUAAAGACUUGAUGGAAUAUUUGGAAUUUCUAUAUUCAGGGAUUUCAAGAAAGAAAACAAAGAUGCAAGAACACCUUUUCCAAGUGUUCUAUAGUUCUACCGAGGCUGCAUUUUCAGCUCACCAUACUCCAAGAACCCAGUGGACACAUCAAGGAUGGGCUGAGGGAGUUGAAAGUUUGGACUACGACAGCCGGUCAGAUAAAAGUUUUGGAAUGAAACAAAGGCCUGAUGGAGAUAUUGAGAUUGAUGAGAAAUUCUGGGAGGAGGAUUUCGUUAUUCCUGUUUGCCCAAAGUGCAAUGGGCUACUGAAACCAAAUGUUGUCUUUUUUGGAGAUUCUGUACCUAAAGGGAGAGCAGAUUCUGCAAUGCUAGCUGCCAAAGAAUGUGAUGCUUUUGUUGCACUUGGAUCUUCUUUGAUGACCAUGUCUGCAUUCCGGCUUAUUAGAACUGCAUAUGAGGUUGGGGCCGCCACUGCAAUUGUAAACAUUGGUGAAACACGAGCUGAUGAUUUUGUACCUCUGAAAAUCAAAACUAGACUUGGAGAGAUACUUCCAAGAUUGCUUGACGUCGGAUCCAUUGUUUUCUGAUUGGGAACCUGGGAGGUAUCAAUACUCUUCUAAGAUGGACUGGUUACAUUUAUGUUGUCUAUUGUUGUACAAGCCCAU